UUGCCCCACGCUAAAGUCCCUUUCAGUCAAAGCGGAGGGACGUCAUGCCCCUGUUCAUUCAACGCUCCUGCUGGGGGGGCUCAAUGCGAAACGGAAUGGACUGUCAACAGAGAAACAUGGCCGUUUCUGCAACGGCCAAGGCAAAUAGCAGGCAUGACUCGACGGCAGGCGGCGUGAAAUGCUGCGAGGAGCCUAUGCCGCAGUGUCGGGAAAUAAUAAAACCUACCAUCAUCGAGCUGACCAAAGAAGUUAGGACGAACAUCCUGUGCACCGUGGAAGGAUGUGGCAAGAUUCUCCCCAACACACCUGCAUUGAACAUGCAUCUCGUAAAGUCGCACCGGAUAAAGGAUGGAAUUGUCAACCCCACAGUCAGAAAGGAGAUGAAGGGCUCACAAAAACUUUACUGCUGUCCCAUCGAGGGCUGUCCCAGGGGCCCCAACAGACCUUUCUCACAGUUCUCCCUGGUUAAGCAACAUUACAUGAAGAUGCAUGCGGAGAAAAAACACAAGUGCUCCAAAUGCAACAACGGCUACAGCACAGAAUGGGACCUGAAGAGGCACAUCGAAGACUGUGGGAAGACCUAUGAGUGUACAUGCGGCUGCCCCUAUGCUAGCAGAGCUGCUUUGUUGUCUCAUAUUUACCGUACUGGUCAUGAAAUUCCUACAGAACACAGAGUUCCUCCUGUAAAAAAGCGGAAGAUGGAGAAACUUCUGAGUGUUUCUGAAAAAGUGAAGGUUCAUGAUUCAACUGUUCAAAUGACGCCCGCUGUUAAAGAAGCGACGGAGACGGCUCUCCCCUCUGAUUCAGCUGUGUACAUCCUAGAGCCAACGAACCAGAGCUCUAACCCCCACAAGGGUCUUCAGAAGUUGCUCCUCCCAAAACCCAAGAUGGCUUUAGUCAGCGUUCCAGUUAUGCAGCUGGCCCAUCUACCUGUCCUUCUUCCGUCCACAGAAGGUGGCCCUCUGAGGUCUGUAGUGCUUGCAGUAGACAACCAAGGCUCUGUGAGCACUCUUCAGCUCCUGCCACAAACUCCAGGAGCGGUCCUGCCCCAACUCGAUGUAAAAAGUUUAGCUUUCAAGGAUUACAUGCCCUCUUCACGUUCUAGCCAAGGUCCUAUCAGCACAGGGGUUCAGGUCAAUCUGGAUCCUGCGAGUACAGACGAUUCGGCCGGCUGUGUGGCAGGACAGAGAGGAAGAAGCACCUCUACCAACAUACAGACAGACAGGUCCUACUUGUCAAAAAUGCCUCCAGUGGCCGGAGAAGGAAUUGGACUGUGUUCUGUGAGCGAGUCCUCAGUUUCAUCCUGCUCCCAAACAGACAUUAGUGUGAGUGCCCAAGUCCUCCUGCCAGUAAGUGUUGAAACUCAAACAUUUGUUUCCAGAGCCAAAUCCACAUCAUCUGUUGGAGCUCAGACUGACAGUCAGUGCCUGAGUCAAAUUACUUCGGCCUGCUCAUCUGUGCUGCCUUAUAAAACUAAGCAGACACAGACAUAUUUUGCAAUGCCACAACUGGAAGAGAAGGCUCAGGAUCAGGCCGCAAUGUGCUCCGAUCUGUUUGAGAACGACUCUCUCAGCGUUUCUACCCAAACAUGUGCAGACAUAACUGAGGCCCUCAACGCUGCUGGAAGCAAUCUAUACGAGGACUCAAAGUCAGUGGGUGGUUUGUGUUUCGGAGUGCAGACACAUGAUCUUGGUGGAAGCAACAUGGCGGAUAAUCAGACCCAAACAAUAACCCUUUUAAAUGACCUGGAGAACAUUUUGUCUGAUCACCAGGUCAUCACAGAGGCCUCUGCUGGCUGUGGGUCCGGCCCAGGCUCUGUUCAGGAGCAGCACAAUGGAAUAGACUUUGACUUUGAGGAGUUUCUUAAUGCUGUGCACAUUCAGACCCAGACGGAGGAGAGCGAACUGGGUGUCCUGGGUGGCGACACACCUCUUUCAUCUCUAGACAUUCAGACUCAGACUGAUUUCCUCCUCAUGGAUGAACUGGACCAAAGUGAAGGACAGAGCCGGUCUCAAGCCAGCGACCUGGAGCUAUUUGACACUCAAACUCAGACUGACCUCAAUUUCCUACUAAAUACUGGAAGUGGCAUGCCCCUGAGCAACAUCCUGCGACAUUCAAGCUUUUCUAUAAGCACAGAGUCCUCAGAUACUGAAACACAAACUGAUCUCCCCUCAUUUGCUGGAGGUCCUUCCUCACAGACCCACACAGGUCAGGGUGAGCAUGGAAGGAUGCUGAACAGCACAGAAACCCAGACCAUGACCAGUCAGGCAGAGGGCCUGGGGCACCUUUUCCUGACCAGUAAUGAAACACAGACUGUAAUGGAUGACUUCCUGUCAGCAGACCUGGCAUGGAACAUGGAGUCACAUUUCAGCUCCGUGGAAACCCAAACAUGCGAGGAGCUUUGUGCUCUCUUUCAGCACUCUGACAAACCAAACAGCUGAAAAGCCUCACAGGGAAGUUUUUCCCAAGCCGCUUGCAGAACAGGGUUAUGAUAUACCGCUUUCUUCUAGGGGAAUGAGUCUGUGUUGCUCUAGUAGCCGUUCGACCAUUCCAGAGGGGGCGUCACUUCCGGAGCAUUUCCAGGUCUACAUCCUGACAUGGGGCUCCUGCACAGUCUGGAAAAAUUACAAGAUUUUAUUUGACCAUUUUGCUGGUCUGGAGAAGUAUGAAAAGAAGAAUGCAGAGGAUGGGAAAUGUUUGAUUUUUUUUCAUUUUUUCCCUGCCUUUAUUUUCUCAUUUUUAAUUUUCAAAAGGACAUAAAUCCAAUUAUGUUUCAUGAACGCUGUGGCUUUUGCAUUUGUUUGUUUUUAAAUGAUUUUCUUUAUCUCUGAUUUACCACACCAGAGCUUUAUGUACAAUUCUAGCCAUCCAGCAUUCAGAAAUCAAAAAAGGAGUCAUUUUUCAGACAUAAGAAAACUUCCAAUUAAUGUUUUAAUACAACAAAAAGAAAUGCCACACAGAAUCCAGUUUCAACACUGUUUCAGGAUGUGUGGAACCUAUACAUAAGAUUUCUCUUCAAGAUCUUCAAGGUUGAUGAUUUUGUGUUCAAAUGUCCAGAAUGCUAUAAAAAGUAGAAUAAACUCUGGAAAUUUGAGUCUGGAAAAGUAUGAAAUUUCAAAAUGAAAAAUAUGUAGAAACCCUGCUGAUAGCUUUGGUGCACUUUAUUAGAUCAGUGGGCAUGAUUUAUUAGCUCCUGUGACAGUUUACAUAUUUAUUUGCACACAGAGUAACAUGUUGUAUGUGUUUUGUCUGAAAUGCCAUUUAACCCGUAUAUUUUCACCACAAGUGAUUUGUGACGUCAAGUCUUUUACAGUUUCGUUUUUAAAUUACCAGGUGUUAAAGCUUCUUGAAUUCCUUGCAUCUCAGCAGUAUAGGAUGCAACAAUAUGCAUUGUUUACAUUUAAAAAGCGCAUGAAACCUUUACAUGGUUGGCCGCACAACACGGCUGUCGUAUCUGCACUUGUGCAUUUGACGGCUGCCCUCCUUGAAGUUACUGUCGGCCUAAGGAAGACUGUACGCUCUGCUUUACAUGCUCUUAACAUUUGAAGUUUAUGAACGACAUGACCAAUGUCUUAAGUUAAUUUUCCUCUUAAACACUAAGCUCGCCUUGACAUAACCGAUCUUUGCUCCAAGCAGCUAAAAUAAAUUUCAAAUAUACAAGUAUGCAUUCAUCUGUGGCACAAGUUUAAAAAAGUAAUUGUUGAACAGUAGUGAGUUUUUGCACACUUUUUUUUUUAUUUAAAUGUGAUUGUGAUGUUUAAUGUUGUGGGAAAACUAAAACUUUAUUUUUUUUGUUGCUUGUAGAUAAUUGCUCCAAGUCAUUUAAUGGGCUUGGCUGUCAUUGUCUUUGACUUAUUCAUUAGCUGGGUGUAAGUUUAUACAGUAGCAGCACUGUGUGCUGAAGCUAUCCUGUAUUGUUACUGUGCAGUAAACGGUGAGUUAGACCUAGGAUUAGCACUGUUACUGUAUGUUUACCACCCGAUAGACUGAAAGUAAUAUCCUUGAGAUAACUUUUUAAUUCUGUCUUGUUCAAAAGUGGCAAAAUUGAAUUUCUUUUUCUUUUUAAAUACUAUUGAACUUUUUACCUCACAGCAGAAUAGAUUAUGUUUUAAAAGAGAACAUGCUUUUUGUUUUGUCUGUGCCUUAAUUCAGGUAUUAACUUUGGUUUUGUUUCAUAAUAAUUUGCUGCUUUUAGAGAAAACACGGAUUACAAGCAUAUUUACAGCAUCCAUUUGUCCCUACAUUGCAUGUGUAAUCAAUUCAGGAGGAAUGCUAUCAACAUGGUUGCAUGAUGUACCAAAAUAUUUCUGGUUGGAUUUGGUCAUUUUGUCGUGUGAAAUGAUUGCUUUUCAGCACAUUAUUUCAAUAAUAAGAUAAGUUUCCAUCUUAUUAUUUAAUAGGUAAGUAGUUUUGUUGUUACACUUUAAAAACAAUUGGAAACAGAAGAAUGUAUAGAAAAUAGCACAGUGUCUAAGUGUACCAUACUCAUUUAAAUUUUUUUGCACAACAUCCUAAAUGACGACGGAUAUUUCCCUGUCUCAAGUUGUUUUUUUUUGUCACAUUGUAAAUUUGACUAUUUAUUGUUUUGAGAUCUUGACUUCUAGUUUGUGGUUUUUGAAUUCAGAAAAACACAGCGUUGCUGUUUCCAGCUUUAGUGGAACAGACAAAUGCCUUGCUUUAGAAAGAAAAUGUUUAAUCUUUGUUGGUCUUAAUUGUCAGCAACAGUAUUUUCUCCCUGUAAAAGGAGUGCAUGCACAAUUUAUGUUUAGAGGAAUUCAGCUUCAGUUGCCUCAAUGCGUAGUUAUUGGUUGCCUUGAUUAUUUGUUGAAGCUACUCUCCAGUUGUCAAUAAAUAUUGGAAAAAUA